AUCAUUUUCAUCGUCACAUCACGUAGCCACUUAAAUCACGCCACAUCAUCAAUCUGUAACAUAAAAAUCCACGUGGCAAGAAAUGAUUGGAUAAGAUACGCAGUCGCGGAACAAGUGAUUUGUAGAGAAGCUGGGAAGGAACGUUCUAGGGGAGAGAGUUUGUUCGGUGCUCUCUCAAUAAAAAACUUGGAUUGUUCUCCGCUUCUGAAUCAAUCGGAUCUUCGAAAUCGACGAACAUGUCUUCUCCUGGCGAAUACUACAACUCGCUUCCACCGAUAACCAAGGCUUAUGGUACUUUGUGCCUCCUGGCUACAACCCUCGCGCAGCUCGGCUUACUUGCUCCUAUCCACAUUGCUUUGAUUCCUGAAUUUGUGUUUAAGCACUUCCAGGUUUGGAGGCUGAUAACGAACUUGUUUUUCCUUGGUGGUUUCUCUAUCAACUUCGGGAUACGUCUUUUGAUGAUAGCAAGAUAUGGAGUUCUACUCGAGAAAGGGCCUUUUGAGAGGCGGACAGCUGACUUUUUGUGGAUGAUGAUCUUUGGAUCCUUGACUCUGUUGGUUUUGUCAUUCAUACCGUUUUUCUGGACACCCUUCCUUGGAGUUUCACUUGUGUUCAUGCUUCUAUAUCUCUGGAGCCGAGAGUUUCCAAAUGCCAACAUCAGCCUGUACGGUCUUGUCAAUCUUAAGGCUUUCUACCUCCCGUGGGCAAUGCUAGCACUCGAUGUUAUCUUCGGUUCUAAGAUCAUGCCUGACCUUCUUGGCAUCAUAGCUGGACAUCUAUACUACUUCUUAACAGUCCUUCACCCUCUGGCCACCGGAAAGAACUACCUCAAAACCCCGAAAUGGGUUAAUAAACUGGUAGCAAGAUUUCGAAUUGGAGCUCCAGUAGCAGCUGUUCGACAAGCAGGUGGUGUAGGAGCAGUAGGAUCAGGAACUGGAGGAGGAGCUUAUUCAAGCGCUCGUGCGCCGCCAGAGAGCUCCACCAACACAGCAUUCAGAGGUCGAUCAUAUCGUCUCACCGACUGAACUCUCGGGUUACUUCGUUUUUCAAUCAGUAUCACCAUCCCAUAUCUUUUGGAAAGAAUGCCACUGACAAGUAGCAUGUAGCUUUGUGUUUUUUUUUAGCAGUACAGUUUUUGAGUAUAUGACUUUGUAGGGGGAAAGAAAUCUUUUGAGGGGGGUUUUAAAACAAUGUUGUGUUCAGAAUGCUUAGUGCCCUUUUAAAUGA